CCUUUUAUAUAAGGUUUCGAUUUCAAUUUUCUCCGAUUGAUUUCGUCGAUUAUCAACGCAUCGUCGGAUUGUUUCCUUGAUUUGUGCCUAUGUUCUCUGUCUGAUGAUUCCCCCGGGAAAUUCUUAAUCGGUUCUCGUGUUGUCUAAUUGGGCUCGGCUGAGAUUUUGGUGAUUCGUAUUUUUCUUCAUUUUCUGCUGUUUGGUUGCUUAAGAGAAAUCAGAGAAACGGAAUAUCUUGCCAAAUUGGGAACUUGUGGUAAAUUCUGUUGUUUUGCCAUUGAUUGAUAUGGACCUUAAUGCUCCACCCCAGCCCGAAGAAGACGAUGAACCUUUUAAGAGACGUCGUCUUGAAGAUCGAACUGAAUCUGCAGUUGAGAUCGCAAGACGGGUAUAAUUAAAUUCAAUUUAAACACGAAAAGCUAUAAUCACAGACUAUAUAGUUAACUACAUUACCAAGUGUUCUUGAUUUGGCACCUUAAAGGAGCGUGAAGAAAGAAAGAGAAGAAUGAGAGUAGACAGGCCAACUCGAAUCUCUCAGCCAGUUUUCCGUGAUCAGUAUCAUCAGAACAGAGAUACUAGAGUUUAUGAUAAAAGCAAGAUACCUCAAGGUUGGCUAGAUUGUCCUGGUUUUGGUCUGGAAAUAGGAUACAUUAUUCCUUCAAAGGUUCCCCUUAGUGAAUCUUACAACGAACAUGUUCCUCCUGGAAAAAGAUACUCUUUUAAACAGGUGGUCCGAAACCAGGGAAUAAAUGGAAGAAAACUUGGUCUUGUGAUUGAUCUGACGAAUACAACUCGUUACUAUCCUACACUAGAAUUAAAGAAGGAUGGCAUCAAACAUGUUAAGAUUGCCUGUAGGGGUCGUGAUGCAGUUCCAGAUAAUGUAUCUGUAAACAACUUCGUCCACGAGGUUAAUCAGUUCAUUUAUAAUCAAAAACACACAAAGAAGUAUGUCCUCGUCCACUGUACACAUGGGCAUAACCGGACAGGAUUCAUGAUAGUUCAUUUUCUUAUGCGCUCUACGCCGAUGAAUGUUACGCAGGCGUUGAAAAUGUUUUCUGAUGCCCGUCCACCUGGGAUCUAUAAACCAGAUUACAUUGACGCUUUAUACACUUCUUAUCACGAAAUUAAGCCUACGAGUCUUACUUGCCCACCAACUCCUGAAUGGAAGAGAUCUACCGAGCUUGAUCUUAAUGGUGAAGCAGUUCAAUACAUUGAUGACGAUGAUGAGGCUCCACCUGGCCCUGUACAAGAGAACAAUCAAGAGAAUGUGAUGAUGUCGAAUGAUGACAUAUUGGGUGAUGAAAUACCCUAUUAUCAGGAGGAAGCUUACAGGCAAUUCUGUUAUAAGAUGCUUAUGAUUGGGGGAAGAGGAUGUACGCAAUUCCCAGGUUCUCAUCCUGUAUCUUUAGACAGGGAGAGUUUGCAACUGUUGAGGCAGCGGUACUAUUACGCGACAUGGAAAGCAGAUGGAACACGUUAUAUGAUGCUCAUUACUGUAGAUGGAUGCUAUUUAAUAGAUAGGAGCUUUAAGUUUCGAAGGGUUCAGAUGCGGUUCCCUUGUAAGAACCAAACUGAAGGAAUAUCUGAUAAAGUGCAUCAUUACACUUUGCUUGAUGGAGAAAUGGUUAUAGAUAACGCCAAGGAUGAAAAAGGAAAGGCGAGGAGAAGGUACCUUGUAUAUGAUAUGGUAGCAAUCAAUGGCGAAUCGGUCGUAGAGCGGACUUUCUGUGAAAGAUGGAACAUGGCUCAGAGUGAGGUUAUCAAUGUCCGAAAUGCCGAGAAGCACAAAAGUCAUUGCUACAGAUACGACCUUGAACCUUUUGGGGUAUGGAUAAAGGGUUUUUGGUUACUUUCUACUGUUGAGAAGAUUUUGAAGAAUACUAUUCCGUCGCUUUCACAUGAAGCAGAUGGUCUAAUAUUUCAGGGUUGGGAUGAUCCUUAUGUUCCUCGAACGCAUAAAGGCUUAUUGAAGUGGAAGUAUGCAGAAAUGAACUCUGUGGACUUUCUGUUUGAGACGAGCGAGAAUGAUGACCGUGGAAAGCUCUUCUUGCAUGAAAGAGGGAAGAAAAAGCUUAUGGACGGCUAUUCGGUUGAGUUUAGAUACGAUGAUUCGGAUCAAUCGAGUUACAAUGGGAAGAUUGUAGAGUGUUCGUGGGAUAAAGAGAAGAAAGUAUGGGUUAGCAUGCGGGUCAGAGCUGAUAAAACCACACCUAAUGAUAUCAACACUGCUCGUAAGGUGAUAAAGAGCAUAAACGACAAUAUAACAGAGGAAGUGUUGCUUGAGGAAAUAAGAGAGAUCAUUCGUCUCCCAAUGUACGCAGAGCGCAUUCAAAGUGACCUUCGAGCUGCUAAUGCUAAUCGCCGAAGGUGACAAAGAAUUAUACUAUAUAUUUUUGGGGUCUCUCUAGAUCGGUAGGAAACUGUUUUUGGGUUUACAGGUAUCUCUUCUCUCAAUAGUUAUACAACUAAAUCAAAUUUGUGGACGAAAAUGGAACUAAAACAUUAAUUGUUUUGUAUUUUUGGACUCAAUGACCAUAUCCAUUAAAUUUCU